AUGCCAGAACAUGACUCACGCAUUCCCAAGCUCGUUAAGGGCAACUGCAUCGAGUGGAGUGCCCUGAUGAAGGUGCAUCUGGUCACUGCAGAUUUGUGGGAGGUUGUUGGGCCUGAGGAGGAGAAGCUGGUAGCGAGAGGACUGAAGGGAGUGGCAGCGAAGAAGAAGAAGCGUGAGCAGGUGUACUCGAAGAUCUUGAUGAACCUCAGUCCCCCACAGAUGGCUUUCGUGUUGGGUUCGGAAAACCCCCAAGAGGCAUGGGCUGCACUUGAGGAAACUCAUAGGUCAGCGUCUGUCAACUCUAUUCUGUCAUUGCAUCGCCAUUUCUUCCGGAUGAUGAAAGUCGAGUCUGAGUCAAUUAUGACUUGGAUUUCUCGUGUCCACACUGCUGCACUCGAGCUUAGUCGCACUCCCUAUCCCACCACUGAACUCGACAUCAUUAUGGUCAUCAGCGAUGGCCUUUCUGAUGAAUAUCAGCCUGUCAUCAAUGCUCUCGACAGUCUUCCAUUCGAGGAGCUCAAGCUCUUCGCUGUCACCAUGUGGAUCACCGGUCUCGAAGCACAACUUGCCCAUUCCAAGGAGAAGGCUUCAGAGGUCACUGUUGCCUACUAUGUUGCACAGUCCAGGAGAGAUGGACAUGGAUUGUGA